UAAAGAACUUGUGGAUACGGAGAUACACGAAAGGGAAUGAGCGACCCAAUAUGUUGCUGGUUGUGGGUAGUGCCACGACUUCGAAUAUAGUUGGGCAGCUGGCCAGUUACCCACUGAUGGUGCUACACACUCGCAUGCAGGCAGAAGUCAUUGAAAAGGGAAUGAAAAAGCCAAGGAUGAGAGAAUAUUUCCGGAAAAUUUUGGCCACGGAUGGCUUGCCUGGGUUCUACCGUGGAUUUACUGCGAACUUAAUCAAGGCCAUUCCAUCAGUCUGCAUCAGUUACAUACUGUAUGAAUACCUGAAGACUCACAUGGGUCUGACCUCCCACUAAGGACUGACACCUCGAAAUGAACAUGGUAGAAUCUCUCAGUUGGCUUUCGUAGUGGCAUGGUGCCCAAUCCAGCACCUGUUGCUCAGUGCACUUUGUUUAUUUAUUUUAAAAUAUUUUUAAUAAACUGGUACUUAGUGUUCAAAAUGCAGAUUAGUUUACAAUGAAAUCUGUGGUUUAUAAUUGGGCACUGGUGUGCUUAACUCAUCGUUCUGAGGGCGCAGCCUAAAAAAUAGGUAACCUACUGCAGAGAUGUUUGCAGAUACAGUAAAAGCACAGACUAUUCCUUUAUAUAGGCAAAAGUGAGGACUGCAGAUGCUGGAAACCAGAGUUUAAUUAGAGUGGUG